ACCUUCAUCAUCCUUCGUCUCGGCGCUCCCUCAGGGCUGAUUCUAUGCCUCAGGCCAGAGCUUCAUAAUCUAUUUUGACUGCGUAGAACACCUGCACUCCCGAAAUUACCACGGGACGCCUUCCGGUGGCACACGAGACACGCGCCAUAAUGUCCAACAGCGACUUUGAAGAUGAAGUCAACUCGAUAUUUGACGCGGACGAAGAUGGAGAUGGAGAAAUAGAAGGAGACCUUUUGGACGGUGUACUUGAAGAAGCUGGCAAUAAUACACCGUCAGACGACACGACGAGCAGUGACGAUUCAGACGAAGAUGAGGAUGAAGACGCAGAAGCGGAAAGCGAACCUGACCUAAUGGGUAUUGAGCUUGACUUGGAAGAAGUUCCAGCCGACAAUGAAGAUGCCGAGGGCGAACCCGACCUCGAAGAUGAGCAAGCGGCCCAAGCGAUGCUAGAGUUUGACCCAUCGGAUCCACAACAGCAGUCAUCUCCGCCUCAACUACAUGAACCCACUCCUCCCCCGCCACCUCAGCCUCCUCCGGUUGUCCACGAUACGGCUAUGGCCGUAUCUCCGCCUGCUGUGACACCCACAGCAAGGGUGAAGCGCAGACGGUCUCAGUCUCCUGCUUGUAUCCGGAGGAAGCAGCUCCGUCGGAACGACUUCUCGCGCCCUUUCACCGUAGAAGCUAUCAUUGCCAUUCCGCAUCCUGUGCCCACACAUGCUUUGGCGUCAUCUGCUUGCAUCAGCCACCUCUUGACAGGCUCUGAGGACGGCUAUAUCCGUGACUACGACGUCUAUACUUCCGCCAACGGAAAGAAGAACUUCUUGACCGCGCCGCAACGACACCAUGCGAAUAUCAUCGAGGGCACAAUGAAGGCGGGACACCUGAGAUGCUGGUGGGAAAACCCCUCGACAUCGCUGCAUGACAGCCACAGUGCGGGUGACGCGCCACUUGAAAGCGUCUACAGCUUAGCCAUGCACUCGGAUGCGCUCUGGGCGCUAUCUGGUUGUCGGAACGGUCUGAUCAACUUGUUUACUGUGCGCCAUAGUCCUGGUCGGCUAUGCCAUGUUAUGCGGGGUCAUACGAAGCCCAUAUCCGCUUUAGCACUCGAUCAUCACGAGAAGGGGUUCUUCAGCGCCAGUUGGGACGGCGAAGCUAUCGAAUGGGACCUCAACACCGGCCAGCAAGUCCGCCACCUCGCGUCGCACGGUGCACAGUUGUCCUGCAUCGCCGUGCGACCCGAAAAUGCUGUCUAUUCAGAUUCUGGCUCCCCGCUCAGUAUACAGCCUGUCAACGACGAGGACACGGACAACGUGGACGCCAAAUCCGAAGGCUCCGACUUUGAUCCUCUGUUUGACGACGAAGACGAGAACCAGAAGCCAGGCGGCCUCGCAAUGCCAGCAGAGUCCUCGGCGCCUGCACCGAAACAUAUCCCUCCUGUUCUCGACGCGCAGCGCUGGAUUACGUUCUCGCCCGACAUACUUAUGACGGCAAGUAUCGACGGGCAAAUUGUCCUUUGGGACAAGCGCGUAAAAACCUCCGGCUACGACCCAUUCAACGGGUGGCAGGGCGUCGGGCGGCUGUACAUGAGCGAGAAAACGCGGCCGUGGUGCAUGUCUGCGACCUGGUCCGCGGACGGCAAUCAGGUCUACGCUGCACGUCGCAACGGGAUCGUGGAGGUAUACGACGUUCGGCAGACGGGGUCGUCAAGGCAGGCGCCCAGGAUCUGGAAGACGAUUCGCAAUCCGCCGAGCUCGGGGGACGUCUCCUGCGUCGUGGCGUUCCCUGACUCAAAGCACAUCGCCUGUGCGUCAACGGACAACAUACGUCUCUGGAAUGUCGCCGAGACGGGCGAGCCCGACGGGUCCAUGAAGCCACGCAGCGGCGUCCAGUUCAGGAUCAUACCCGGGCACCACGGAGGAUUCGUCUCCCAGAUGCUUAUCGACCCCGGAGGGAGGUACAUGGUCACUGCAAGCAGCAAUCGCGGCUGGCACGGCGAGUCCACGCGCACGGUACUCGUGCACGAGAUCACGACCAAACGCCCCAAGAACGAGUUUUAACAAGUCAAAUGGUAGGGUGCACAUUGACGUCAAUCCAGCAAUGCAGUCCUGCAUUCAGUCCGGUAUACAGGAUGCGCCGGAUAGUAACCAUUCACGUUGCUCGCAAGCCUAAGUCUGUGCUGUACACUGCUCUCAGUCUGUUUCCCGAAGCUGAUGGACAGUCCCAAUGGACGCGGUCCGACGUGGCCUCGACCUGGUGUGAGC